UGAAACGAAACGUUUGACUAAUCUUUUUUUAUUACAUCCAUUUUGAGGCAAGAUAGAACAAUGAGAUAGUUUAAUGGAAUGCGGAUAUGUGUACAAUCAACAACGUAUAUAAAAUCUGGAUACAAAAUAUCCGUAGUUUCAAGAUCAAAUAUUGGAAGCGGGCAAAUAGGUUGUAAGCAUGCGUUGGACUAAUUGUCUGUAGGUCUUAGGGGCCGUUUCGAAUGAUAUAGCGGCAGAAACACAUUCACAAGACAAGUACUAUGCAUAAUAUUUAUUAUCUUAUAGUCGCUGUUCGUGACUCGUGUUGUGCAAGAGAACGUCAGUCUUAGUCAAUGUCAAAAAUUUACGCGCUGAGUUUGAAAUAUUUGUAGAAAAUUAAAAAUGGACCUCAUGACUAAUAAAAAUAAAGCCCUAUCUAAGAAAGAGACUAAAGGUCUACUCUCUCUAAUAGAAAGGAGCACAAUUAUAAAUUCGAAAAAUACAUUAGGCAACAGCAAUAGAUUGAAAAGACAAGAGUGGGCCAGAAUUACUGACAUCUUUAACAAAACGAUAGGAACCUUCCGCCGUACCCCACGGCAGCUCCGUCUGAAGUGGGAAAAUUUAAAGAAGAAUUCCCGUAGGCGCAAUGCUUUGAUACGGAUGGAACAGAUCAAGAAUGGAAAUGGGCCAACACGGUAUUUUCCACCAGAUGAAAUCCUUGAUCAUGUCACAACACUUUUGGAAAGCACUAGGGAAGGUUUUAAUGAAUUUUGUGGCGGUGAUGCUAAGCCCCAAAAUGCUAGUGAUUGCAGUGAUGAAAACAGAUCCCAAACCUCAAUGUCAUCGCUGGACACUUCAUUGCCAGUGAUGACAAAGAAAACCAUAGAUAAUACAGUGUCAGCCAAUAGCAUUAGAGAUGAGAUUGGAGCCAAUACAAGUACUCCUAUGGCUGUACCGUAUAAUAGCAAUCUGAGAUUUAGUGCAGGUUUCAAAUGCAAAAUGAAGUCAGCUGAUGAUGGGCGUUAUGCAAGAAAUAUUGCCUUGGCAGAAUAUUAUAAGGCAAAAAAAAAGAUACUAGAUUGUCAACUGGAAACCAUGAAGAUAGAUAGUGGAAAGAUCAACUUGGACAAUGAAAAAUUAAAAUUAGAGAAUGAAAAUUUAAAAUUAGAAAAUGAAAAAUUAAAAUUAGAAUUAAAGAUAUUGAAGGGUGGGGAUAGUUAAAUAUAUUAUUAUUUACA